AUGGCUGCUCAAGCGAUGCAUAACUAUGGCUUCCUCCCCGAGCAGUCACAGGAAGACGCCCUCCACGCCACCCGCCUCCUCGCGGUCGAAGAACGGCCCUUCCAACGCGUGACCAAGUCCUUACUCGGCAAAGACUCCCUCCUCCGCAAACUCCCCAUUCACCUCCCCUCCUCACCACUAAACGAGGGAGAUGAACAAUCCGAGGUCGAUCCUGCGUCAGAACCCUUCCGCCUCCAAGCCUUCCGCGAAGAGAUUCUCCUCGACUUUGCCGCGCUCGAAAGCAGCAUCCUCCGCAUCCAACUCCUGCAAUCGUCCAACCAACGCGAGCGCGAACGUUACGCCGCUGAAAAAGCCAAGAUUCUCGACACUGCCCAGGCGGUCCGCGAGAACACUGUCGAGCUUCGCGCGCAACUAGAGGAAGCGCAGAAAGUUCUGGAGCGGAGGAAGGGCUAUGAUGAGCUUGCGGCGAAGAUCUUGGAUGACAAGAAGCUCAAGAGUCGCGAGGAGUGUGCGGCGGAGAUUGAGGGGUUGGAGAAGGAGAUUGAGGAGUUGAGGGUUGAGAGUUCGGAGGUGGAGGUCACGUGGGCGGGGAGGAGGGAGGGGUUUGAGAGGGUGGUGGGCGAGGGGGAGGCGUUGGUGAGGGUGAUCAAAGGGGUCAAGGAUGAACCCGAACAGGAACAUGCGGAUGGGGAUGUGGAUGAGAGUAUGGAAGAUGGGGAUGGGGACGAUGCGACGAGGGGCGAGAGCAGUAGGUUGGGCACGCCGACGCCUGCGGGUGGACGCACGCCGAUGAUGCAUGCGGAGGGCGGGGAGACGCCGAUGCAGGAGCAAGAAGACGAGACCCACGCUGAUGCUUCGAAAGCGCCGACGAACAAAUUCUUGGACGUUGAAGAUGCGAUGCGGGCCGGAAGCCGGACUGCUUCUCCCUCAAGAAGAGCUAAGGAGUCGGAUGUGGAGAUGGUUGAACCCGAGCAGGUGCCGCCGCCGAAGAACUCCGUCGGUAUGGAGGCUUCGGUGCAGCAGGUCGCGGAUGCUAUGGACGAGACCUGA